AUGCAUGGCAAGCGUGACCGCCUCAUCGGCGACCGUUGUCUUUCCGUCUUAACCGAUGAGAAGCAGGAUAUAAGCGAUCUGCUUGGUUACAUCCAUGGUUUCUACAGGGAGGCGCUCGAUCUGCUCCCGAUGGCGGCGAUUCCCUCGCUGGCCCCGCGCCUCCUCAAGGCCGGCAUGCCCAUCGGCUUCCUCGACCCAGUCUCCAACAUCAUCGCCAACACCAUCGCCUACACCCCUCCGCCGACGCUUCAAUCCGACGAGGGGGUGGAGGCGCCGUCGUCGGAGUGGAUCCUCUCCAAGAUCAUCACCGACAUGAACGACAAGUCUGUCUUCAGAGUGCCGCUUUCCCGGCAAAAUGCCCAUGGUAUGACCCUCGCGCGGCGGUCGCUGGACGGUCUUGUCAGCUUCCUCACCUCCCACUACCGCUACCUCAUCAGCAGGGAAGCCAUGAGCUACCUGCUCCUGGCCAGGGCCGACCUUCUCACCGCUGUGCGCCUCAUCGAGCGAGAUCGUAACAAGGGGCACAGUGUGUUCAGUAUUACCUCCUCUACCAACAAGGUCGCUCUGGAAUGUGCUGCUGUGUCUGCAAGGCAUCCUGAACCAGAUGUCCUGGUGAAAGCGUCGCUGACUAUGGCCUCUCCCGACGUCUCCAUGCUUUUGACUGGACAAGACCCUCUCUCGCCUGCAACCCUCGAGAGGAUCGCCGAGCUGCUCAGGCAAGGCCCUACGGGCAUGGAUCUCAUCAACAUAUCACUGGAUUAUCUUCGUGUUAAUGAGAAGGACAACAAUAAAAAGAGAAAGAGAAGCCGACAGACAUCAGAAUCCACAGAGGGGAGUAGGGCACAUAAGAAGAGGCUCGGUCCUCAGUUGACAUUCAGAUACACGCUGGCUCUGAAGCUUUUGCUCCUUGGCAAGAUCCAUGGGCACUACCUAGAGGCACUUGCCAAACUGCCUCGGGACGGCCUGCGCAGGCAUCACCACUGCAGCCCCCUGAGGGGUGGAUACUGCUAUGGCCCCAGGGAUCCUGUCUCCAACAUCAUCCUCAACACCAUCUGUUUCCAGGACGCCUAUAUGCAAGCGGCGGUUGUUUCAUGGCACGAUGACCCUGAUGAGCUGGUCAAAUUUGCUACGUCUUCAUUGAACAUGGAGUCUGCCAAGUUGUUAGCACUAUUGCAGGGCACACUUACCAACGAUGGAGUUGAAUGCCUCACCAUGGCUCUGCCACAUAAAUCUCCACCUACCCAGUCCGAGGAGCAGGCUCAGCAACCGAACCAGGUGACCUCAAGCUCACAGGUCUUGAGCAAGAACCAGAAAAUUUUCAUUUCAGAGUUCCGGAAAAAGUUUAGGCGCGACCAAAACUUCUUUGUCAGAAAGGUCAAGGCGGUAUCGAGCGACUACUCUCAGCAAAAAGGGGUGCACUAUAAACUUCAUAUCAUUUGCGGACCAAGUGUUGCUCUCGUUAAGAAGAAAUUCCAAUUUGAAUACUUCCAUAUCAACUUUUUGGCAACAGCGCCAAAUUCUGCUGUCGCAUCUCCAGAACUGUUCUUUGCUCAAUGUAGCAAUAGUAUCAAAGAGAGGCAGGAGAGACCAUCCUGGUGCACCCCUGUAUCGGAUUCUUCUAUAGAUAAUGCUCGAUGUUUCUCUUGUGAGUUUAAUGGGGCGAAGAUUGUGCAUCCAUAUGAUGAAAUAUACUAUGGGCGCUACGAGGAUUUCAAACUUAUGGCUCAUGGUAAACAUGGCACUCAGAAUGAACUCCUUACCAGUUCCUGUCAUUCUGAUUCUGAUGUAAUGGCCACAAUGACACAAGAUUUCAUCUAUUUUUAUCCCAAUAUGGAUUCAAAGUUUGCAGAAAUGAACCCUAUCUCCAAUGUGGCUAGGAAGUUGAAAGAAUGGAAGGGUAGAAUCUUCUGA